UUCAGUAAGAGCUCGAUUUUUCAAUUGCAUACAAAGCACAUAGAAACACCUAUUGGUGAUACUUUCCUUGUUAUCAAGGAUGCUGCUACUGACAUUAUUAUUAUAUAUGACAUGACCAAAAAUAAAAAUUCAAGAACUUAGUGUGAUCACAGAAGAUUUUCAACUAAUUCUAUCACGCGCUAUAGCUCUUAGUUCACUGAAAGAUUUGCCCGAUUCUCUGUUGAUUGUCCUUCUCCAUAUAUUAUUCGGCCGACCGCGAUUUCUUCUUCCUUGCAGAUUGUAUUCUAGAGUGGCAUGUGCAAUUCGCUGAUGGAUUUGUGUAGUGUGUGCCCCAACUAUAUAUAUAUUUAGUUUAAAAGAUAUGUCGUCCGUUGAUGAUCGCUUUUGUUACUUACGUAUUAAUUACAAAUAUUAAUAAAAGCAUCGUUUUCUUAGAAUAAAAACUGUAAAGUACUCCUUCAAUUGAUCCCAUUACUUCUAUGUCUGCCAACGAUUAUGGGCGCAAAAAUUCUGGGUCUGUUUGCUCAUCCUAGUGAAAGUCACUUCUCUGUUAUGCAAACGGUAAUGUUGGAAUUGGCUAAGAGGCAACACACUGUAACAAUUUACAGCAGCCAUCAAUUAAAUGAAAGCAGAGAGAACUUAACUGAAAUUUUUGUGGGACCUGAAUAUCCUUUUUGGCAAAAAUUACAAGCUAAAGCUGGUGUUAAAAGCUUACAAGAACUUAGUCAACUGUCAGAAGAUAAAAUACAAAAGGAUCUGGGUUUCGUUGGCGCUGCAGCUACCGAUUAUUUUCUCUCCCACACAGCUCUACAAAAAUUACGUAGCACUACGCAAGCAGAUUUUGAUUACGAUAUUAUCGUUGUGGAUCUAUUUUACACAGAUUCACUGCUAGCCUUUGCGUAUGCAUAUAAUAAACCCGUAGUCGGUAUUGUUAGUUCAAACUUCGAGAAUUACAUGCAGCACGUACUGGAAUAUGUAAUGCCUGUGGCAUGUUCACCUAUUGAUUUUGAAACAUAUGAGAAGAAUAUUGGAUACUGGCAACGUUUAAGCAAUACAAGAAGCUGUCUUAGUCGGAAAAAUCUCUUCAGCAAAAAUAACAUUAGUCCACAGCAAGAAUUGAUAAAAAAACAUUUUACUAAUUUGAAAGAUGAUAUGCCCACCAUAAGUGAGUUAUACAAUAAACUUGAUGUUUUGCUGCUUAACAACUACCCACCACUGCAAACUCCACGCCCAAUGCUACCCAACAUAAUUGCAGCAGGUGGUCUGCACAUUCGACCCCCACGUGAACUGCCAUGGCACAUCAAACGCUUUUUGGAUGAAUCACGUUCCGGUGCCAUUUACAUGAAUUUAGGAAACGAACAAUUUUGUGCUGAAAUACCAAAAGAGAAACUGCAGACGUUGUUCAAUGUGCUGGGUAAGUUUAAAGGGCACAUCAUAUGGACUUGCCACGAUGUAGAAAAAAUCGAAAAUAUGCCCAAAAACAUGUUGAUACAGCAUGCCGUUCCGCAGACAGACAUACUUGCGCAUCCACACGUGAAAGUAUUUAUUAUGAAUGGCGAUUUACUUAGUUUACAGGAAGGCAUUAUACGGCAUGUACCUAUGCUGGGCAUACCAAUAUUUCGAAAUGAGUUCCAUAAUGUGGAAUUAGCAGAGCGUCUAGAAGUCGGUCUUAAAAUUAUUAACUCAAACCUCACCGAAAAUUCACUUACUUGGGGAUUAGAAAACCUACAAAACAAUGCUGAUUAUCAAAUAACAAUUCGAAAAGUGUCCACCACCUUUCGCAAUCGACCGUUGGGUGCAUUGGAGACCAGCAUGUUCUGGAUUGAUUAUGUGCUCCGGUACAAUGGUGCCGAUGUAAUUAAAACAAAAGGCAUAGGAAUCUCUACAAGGCAUUUACAUUUGAUGGACUUGUGCAUUUAUUACGCUAUCAUAACUUUAUUUAUAGUAACUAUUUUAAUUGGUCUAUAUUUUCUGGUUUUUUAUAUUUUGAAGCGCAACAAAUUGGAAAAAAUGUACUCAAAACUUAGUUAA